AUCACAUGUGUAUACAAGCAUACUCAUUGAAAUGAAGUGAAGUUUCGUUCGCAUGUGUCAUUAAAGUUUUGUAUUUUGGACACUUAACUGCGAUUGAGAUCUGCUUUACGUCAAUGUGUUUGAGUCGUCUUCAUUUCUUGCUUUAAACGGUGACCAGAGUCAACUGAUAAAGACAAGAAGCUUCCCACCCAACAAUAGUGGCUGUGGAACAGACAUAGAGAGAGAGGAAGAGAGUGGGGAUAUAGGCUCAAUACAGAUAUCAUCGACUUACCUGAAUAAAUUACAACAGCGGCAAAGAAAUUUACACUGAAGAAUCAUGAUUUCGAUGUUUGCCCGUGUAUCGUUUUAUCCAACGUUAUUCUAUAACGUUUUUAUGGAAAAAGUUUCAACACGACGAUGGUACGAUCGCAUUGAUGAGCACACAAUACUGGGAGCAUUACCAUUUCGUUCGAUGGCUCAACAGUUGAUUGAAAAGGAAGAUGUUAAAGCUGUUGUGUCAAUGAAUGAAGACUAUGAGCUGCAAUUGUUUUCAAAUAAUGCUGAGAAAUGGAAAGCGUUAAAUGUGGAUUUUUUGCAACUGGCAACAACUGAUAUAUUUGAAUCACCGUGUCAAAAGAAAUUAAAAUUGGGUGUUCAAUUCAUGAAUCGGUAUUUACCAGCCAAUGAAAAAAUCGUCACUUUACCAAAUGAAAAUAUUGCAAAGCCGGGCACUGUAUAUGUGCAUUGCAAAGCUGGACGUACACGGAGUGCCACAUUGGUUGGCUGUUAUUUGAUGAUGAAAAAUAAUUGGAAUCCCGAACAGGCGGUGAGUCAUAUGAGGUCUUGUCGACCUCACAUAUUGCUACACAACAAACAAUGGGAAGCGAUGCGUAUCUUCUUCAAUGAAAAUGUAAAAAGUAAUGUAAAUUAUUCGACUGAUAAAUCACCACCGUUGACGACGUAAACGAUUAGUUAACGACAUUCAAUUCUAUUCAUCUCCAGAGCAAGAAAAAAAAAGAAAAAUGAUGUAUGAUUAAGUGCUUGCAUUGUUUACUCUAUUUUUAUUUAUUCAAAUAAAAUGUUCUGUUUGCUUUGUUAACCAGGAAAAUUGCGUA